AUGGACGAGGUUCACGAUAAGCACGGACAAAUCAUUUCUCCCGGCGACCACGUCUUCACCAAAAUCCGUGGAGGCCGGCAUGAAGGCGAGGUUGAAAAGAUCGUCAGGACGGAGGAAGAAGCUGAACAGGAGGGAGUGAAACGUCCUCCCAAGGUCGUGUUCCAUGAUCAGCGCGGGAAAAAGGUUGCGCAUAACCCAGGCACCUUAGAAAAGGUCGAGGAUUGA